CAGGAACAUACUCCAAGGGCACAUGCGUUUGAAACCUCCAACACCCGGCUUCUGCAAAUGAGGCAAUCCGAAACCUCGAGCUCCAUUUUCUGACAGUUGCAGGGUUACCUAUCCGUUCUAAGUAGCACACAGACCCAUCCUCUGCAGCUCCAGUGCUACCCCGCCAUCGCAUCCAUCGUAUCAUAACAUCGGCCAUCGCAUACAUCGUACAAAUUCGCUUGAUUAUAAAUUUGCUUGAUUCUUCCAGCUCCAUUGUCCUUCCAGAUCCUUAUAUUUCUGUGCUGCACUCUUCAACAUCUUCAGGACUCGAAUCCUUCGGAAUAGGUAGAUUUCCUGGUACGGAAAUGCCCCUAACAUCAGACAUCACUGUCAACGCCGCAAAGUUCGAUGCCAGCGCCAUCGAUCAAGAAACCAACGACUUCAACAACAAGCUUAUAAAAAUCUGGGCAGAUGGGCCACGGUGGUACGAGGUUGGCGCGCCCGAAUACCGCAAGCUGAGAUGGGAGGGCAAGACGCCGCUCCCUAAACCCGUGGUCCUGCCCGAAGGCGUCAAUGGGACGAUACCCUCACGGGAUGAGGGGAGAGUUAUUCCCUUCAGGUUGUUUAAGCCAGCCAGUGGAGAGUCCAAGGGAAUCCUGAUGCAUAUCCAUGGCGGAGGUUGGGUCCUGCAGUCAGAGGCUUAUCAAGACCCAUACCUCAAAUACAUGGCCGACAAAUUCCACCUCACCGUCUUCUCGGUAGGCUACCGUCUCGCUCCCGAACACCCCUGGCCCGCCUGUAUCGACGACUGCGUUGACGCCGCACACCACCUCAUCAACCACGGGCCCUCGCAAUUCGGCGGACCCCUUCUCUUUGCCGGCGGCGAAUCCGCAGGUGGCCAUCUCGCCUGCCUAGUAGCGCUCUCCCUUCUGUCCACCACUCCGUCCUUCUCCUUCAAGGGCCUCCUUUUGCACUUCGGAUGCUACGACCUCUCCUCUUUCCUGCCGCACGUGCACAACCACAAGCUCUCUCUGGUGAUAGACCUCGACAUCAUGGUUUCCUAUGUCAAAGCCUUACUUCCAAAUACCACUCCAGAAGAUCGACGUGAUCCAUCUAUAUCCCCGCUUUGGGCUGAUCUCAGGGGCUUGAAACUCCCACCUGCGCUGUUCACGUGUGGGAGCGAGGACCCGUUGCUGGAUGACACGGUAUUUAUGGGGGCAAAGUGGAUGGCGGCUAGCGGGGAGGCGGUGGUAAAGAUAUAUACGGGCGCACCCCAUGGGUUCAUUGCGUUUACACGUGGCGUGAUAAAGGCGGUGCAGGAGGGCUUGGAUGAUGUUGAGGCCUUUGUUAAGGAAAAGAUGGAGCAAUAA